AGAGCACGAUUUCAUCCUGGCCAGAACACGGAAUCAAUCCAGAUCUGAGCAAGAAUCGAACAUGGAGAUCAACCAGAACAAUCAACUGAAGAUUAUACUCGAGCAACAACUGGCGUCUCAAAAUCAGAAGAUCGAGGAGAUUAGAGCGGAACAGCAGAAUAUGUUCGAAAAGAUGAUGGAGUUGCUUGAGAAAUCAAGCCACAAUGAAAACAGAUCGUCUUCAGAGGUCAUCGGCAAUGAAGGAGGUGACAGAACUGCUUUUAAAUUUCUGCCUAAACUUGAAUUUCCCUCAUUCAAUGGUUCUAACCCUAGAAAUUGGGUAAAGAAAUGCACACGAUAUUUCAAUCUGUGUAAGAUACCUGAAAAUCAGAAAAUGGAUGUGGCGUCAAUCCAUUUGACAGGGAAGGCUGAGGUGUGGUUUGCUAGUUAUAUUGCUGUCAAAAAAAGAGUAGAAUGGGAUGACUUUAUCAUUGAUGUAUGUGGAAGGUUCAAAGAAGAACUUGACAGUAAACUAGUGGAAGAAUUCAAUAAAUUGAAUCAAAUAGGGACAAUUGAGGAAUAUUUAGAGAGAUUUGAAGAGCUGAAGUCAUUAAUGUUGCAGAAAACUCCAGUUUUACCUGAUGAUUAUUUUGUGGAUAGUUUUGUGGGAGGCCUGAAGCCACACCUGAAGGCAUUUGUGAAGGCACUAAAACCUCUAACCAUUGAUGAUGCUGUGCAAUUUGCCAGAUUACAGGAAGAAUCUGUGCAAGCAGUUAGAGACACUCCUAAGGCGCAAGUAACACGAAACACAACUGGUCUUCUACCCACACCGAGGGGAAAUACUAGUUUCAAAGGUGGUAGUGCAUUCUCAGACUAUAGGAGUCAUGGCAAUCCUCAAAACUCCACAACUGAUAGUACUAGUUCAUCAAGUAGUACAGCAAGGAGUUUUAGACCUACUAAGGUCUUUGUUGGGAUUUUAAGCGCGUAAGAUACCGAAAAAUAUUGAGAACACCAGAAAAAUGAGAGAACAAACACAAGGAGAAUAUGAGAGAAAAAUUAUAUCUUUACUAUUUCAGAACGAUACACAAAAAACUCUCCCUGUUUACAAGUGCUAAAUACCAGACACUUAUAAACAGACUUUUCACACCCUAUACCCGGAUGUAUUUUUCCGAGUAACUAAAAUCAGUUACUCCUU